AUGGCCGACUCCUCGUCCUCAAGUCUUAAAGGCGGCGGAGGUGGGAGCAGGUCGCGCCGCUCUUGGACCGUGUCUGCUGCCGAUUCAGAUAUAUUGGAGAGCUCGAGUCGGAGUAAUGGACGCUCCUCAAUUGAAUCCAUUGAAAGGCCCAAAACACAAGCCGGAGAGACUCCGGAUUCCGCAAAGGCUGGCUCCAGCGGUUUCUCCAAGCUCCUCAAGUCCCGGCGCCGGCGGAAGGAGAAGAACCAGAAACAAGCCGACGAACCCCCAGUGCCCGAGCUCAUCCCCGAACAAGAACUACGAAACAUCCCUUCCAAUGUAUCCAAUGGUGGCGACUCAGUAGCUGUGUCGACGGCCACUUCGUCCAAUAACAGCUCCGGCCUACCGGAGCGCGAGGUUAUCCAAUUGUUGACCGAUGAUUCCGAACCCGACAAGACUCCGCCGCUGACCUCACAUAACUCACACACCGGUUUCUAUACCUCCUCGUCCCCGCUCAUCAAUACCACGUCAGUCGAUUCCGCUGCGGAUACUGAGGGUACACCAGAGGAUGUCGCAUCAGGGAUUAGCGACCCAAGUGCAACCGGGUCAGAUUCAGCACAGAGCGAAAACCCACGGAGGCCGCGCGCCCAAACGAGUAUGACAUUGGACGUUCCGGAUUCCAGCGGCAAGCGACGCAGUGUUUCACCCGGACGACGAUUAAAAGAAGCUUUCACCGCUACAGAUAAAGACAAAAAGAACACGACCGAAGACACAGACGCGUCAUCAUCCAAGUCGGGGGGCAGCAAGACUGGAAAGGGUCUUUUUGGGAGCCGAAGGAGCAGUCUGUCUUCCAGACGGGCGCAAGCUCAGGCCUCCCAAGAGACUCCUCCACCUGUUCCUAGCCCCAUUCGUACAGAUGUAUGGAAUACAGACCCGAAGGAAGAUAAGCAGGAUAAGCCACGCUCUUUGCAAGCGAGCCCGUUGCCGAACACCCCUCCGCAUACAGCUAUUCCCAUCCCGACGCCAGCUACCACUGUCACUCCCCCUACUCCAACCGAACACCGCCCGCUGAAUUCCCAAAUAAUGACUGAAGCUAUUACGGACUCACCUGAAUCAAUACCUGGUCGGAAUUCUAUGUCAUCGGCCGAUGUCACCGUGAGCCCUUCAGGAAACAUGAUAUCGCAUCGGCGAGUGCGCUCUGCAUCUGCAGCUCACGGCCCUAGCAAGUUGUCCACUUCCAUGACAGCCUUAACUCCUCUAGAAGAAGCGAAAACCCCAAAGAGUGGAGCGAGUCAGCAGAGCGGAUUUUUCUCGUCGAUGUUUUCCGCCGCCCAAAAUGCGGCGUCCUCCAUCACUAAUACUCUCAAUGCUCCGCCGAAGAGUCGUACACUCUCCCAGCCAUCCUCAGCCGGAACUGAUGGAGCUACUAGAGGAAAUGGUAUUGAAGAACAAGAGAAUGCCCUGGAGAACCCAAAUGGCAGUGAAGAUGGGAAACCAACUGCUGUGGACACUCUAGGGACUGGAAACCUCAACUUCAGCCAUUUGGACAUUGAUGCGCAACCAGGUGAGGUGGUUUCAACUGCGGAUGGUGUUGUUGUCACAAAGCCAGGAAGUCCGCUUGAUAGGCGCAAGAAUAUGGCCGUGUAUCGGCGCGAUGAGGAGGCAUCGAAGCUGGAAGACCAGCGUGCUGCGCGUGCUGUCAACAUGGCAUACGAAAAGCCUCUUGACGCAUCGGUAUUAGGAUCGCCUGGUGACGAUGUUAUUGAGUCUCAAUCUACCAUUUCUCUCCCUAGAGAUGGCUUCAUGAGCGGGGAUCGCACCCCUCCAAGUGGAAGUGUCAUUGAUGGCGACAUCGGCAGCGGCGGUAUCAGACGCACAGGCAGCGUACGUAGUCGACUUGCGCGCCGUCACCGAGGUUCAUCCGGAGCUACCACUUCAACAAUUGGCGCCAUUGGAGCUAGUGCCAUCAAUCUCGGCAUUCCCGGUGUCAAUUCAAGUGUGCCUCGGCUUACUGGUUUCGCUGUUGCGAGCAAAAAGCGCAACAGAGACUUCCAUCAACUUUUCCGCAGCGUUCCCGAGGAUGAUUACUUGAUUGAGGAUUACAGUUGUGCGUUGCAGCGCGAGAUCAUUCUGGCCGGUCGCAUCUAUAUCUCUGAAGGACAUAUUUGUUUUUCUAGUAACAUCCUUGGCUGGGUAACCACGCUUGUCAUCAGCUUUGAUGAAGUGGUGGCUAUCGAAAAAGAAAACACAGCAAUGGUCUUUCCAAAUGCCAUUGCUAUCCAGACACUUCAUGCCCGCCAUACGUUUAGGAGUCUGCUUAGCCGUGAAUCUACCUAUGAUUUGAUGGUCAACAUUUGGAAGAUCAACCACCCCUCUCUCAAAAGCUCUGUGAAUGGUACCCGAGUGACAAAUGGAACUGGUGACAAGACUGAGAAGGUUGGUGAAGGUGAAGCUGAAAGUGACACUGAGAGCGAUGUCUCGGACGAAGACGAAGUCUACGACGAAGAUGAAGAAGAAGAUCACGCCGAGAGCUUCUUUGAGGCCGGUGCUAGCGCCAAUGGCAGUGAAAGGUCAUUGCCACUGAAAACAGGCUUGAGUCGCCAGCCUUCGGGUCUUUCUGGAAAUGGAGCAUCUCCAGCUGGGGCAAACUCCGGCGGCGACACUAAGAAUGGAGACAAAGCGGCUUCCAAAGAGGCCGACUUUCCUGGCCCAGCUACACAUGCCCCUACUGAAUACACGAAUCCUGAUGGACAAUACGAAAAAGUCAUCAAGGACGAACUUAUUCCGGCGCCCCUUGGAAAGGUUUACUCGCUUGUUUUUGGGCCCUCGUCGGGUGAUUUCAUGACCAAGUUCCUUGUCGACAACCAGAAAUCUGGUGAACUACAGUUUGAAGGGACCGCGAAAGGCCUUACCAAUGAAAGCCGAGUUCGAAAGUACUCAUACAUCAAACCUCUCAAUGCACCCAUCGGUCCAAAGCAAACCAAAUGUAUCAGUACCGAAAAUCUGGACUUUUUAGAUUUGGAAAAAGCAGUUCUCGUCACGUUGAGCACCCAGACUCCCGAUGUUCCCAGCGGAAACGUCUUUGCUUGCAAGACAAAAUACCUUUUCACGUGGGCACCAGGUAAUCAAACACGGUUCCUAAUGACGUGCACUAUCGAGUGGACGGGCAAGAGUUGGCUUAAAGGUCCCAUCGAAAAAGGUGCUAUUGAUGGUCAAACCGCCUUUGGUAAUGAGCUGGUCAAAGCUUUGAAGAUCGGCGUUGUCCCCCGCGGACGGACAGCUGGCAAUGGGGGAAAGAAGGGCCGUCGCAAGAAGGGUGAUGCCGGAGCUCGCGAGUCAUCCGCAGCGGCAUCAAACAAGUUGGGAGGUGAUUCAAGUGGAGGCCAGUCCGAGUCCUGGGGUCUGCUUGAGCCAAUUCGCCCCAUUUUGGAACCACUUACAAGCAUGUUAAAGCCGCUCUGGAGCGGCAACAUUGCAAUAUUGCUUGUUGGCCUCCUUCUUUACCUCGCAUUCUUCCGAACACCAUCCAGCCCAUCCAUGAUUGGACACCAUCCGGGCCACCCUGGGCUUAGUCUUCCUCAAAGGCUAGCCGCAUAUGACGAAAUGUGGCGCCGCGAGGAAAGUGAGCUCUGGAACUGGCUGGAGGAUCGAGUGGGCAUGGAUGGCAUGGUCUUUCCUGCUCUCCACCACAGAAUGCCUGCACCCACCCACAAGGCCCCUCGUGUAAAUGCUGCGGACGAAAGAGAUCUCAUUGACCGACUUCGUGAGGAGAAGGUCUCAGAUCGUGAGAUGGACCAUGCUAUCCGGACCACACGACAAAGGCUUGACAUUCUUGAGGAAAUGAUGAACAAUCGCAGAGCGGACCGGGAUCCACAAGAACCUCUUCGCUCUGAAUUGUGUGACUAG